ACCAUCAUGCCGGGUUCCAUGAGCAAAUUGGGAGGGCUGGCAACCGGUUUGCUGGCCUGCUCCAGAUCAGGAGCACUCUCAAAUCAAGUCAGAGGAGUUGUUCAUAAAAGUCUUCUAAGACUUCCAUCUGAACAUCCAGAACCAUGGGACUAUAAGCACAAUGGAUUCAAUUAUAUUGAUGGAUUAAAAGACGACACUCGUUCUCAUUUCCAUCAAAAUUCCAAGCUUAUCGUUGUUGAAGGAAAUAUUGGAUCCGGAAAGACAACUUUAGCCAAACAACUUGCUGAUCAACUCGGCUUCGUUCAUUUCCCAGAAUUUAGAAUGGACGAUAUUCUCGUCGAUCGCUACGGAAAUGAUCUUCGCAAUUAUUAUAAUAAAUUCCCAGCUCGUUACCGUCUUCCAGACAUUUCCAUGUUCUAUAAGAAUCCAAGUGGUGAACUCUCAGCUGCCAUGCAAGAUCGCAUUUUCAACUGCCGUUUCGAUCAAUAUCUCAACGCACUUGCUCAUAUUCUCAAUACCGGUCAAGGAGUUGUGCUCGAACGUACUCCACAUUCGGAUUUCGUUUUUGCCAAUGCAAUGAGAGAUAAGAAUUAUAUUGGACAUGAAUACUUCAAGCAUUAUUACUUUGUCCGUAAAAAUGCUCUUCCUCAACUACAUUUCUGGCCUCAUUUGGUUGUUUAUUUGAAUACACCAACCAAUAAAUGCCUUGAAAAUAUCAAGAGACGAGGAAACACAGACGAAAUUGCAACAGUUGACGAGCGUUACUUAAAAACAAUUGAGGAGUCUUACAAGGAUUCACUUCGUGAAUACCGUAAUCACUCGAAGAUUCUUGCCUAUGACUGGACAAAACCAGGAGACACGGAUGCUGUUGUUGAGGAUAUCGAACGACUUGACUUGGACUUCUUUGAAUGGCACAGUGGUGAUGUUAUGGAAGAGUGGAAUACAAUUGUUGAUUCAGUUGGAUGGAAUGGAUGGAGACAAUAUGUCACCAAUAAAUACGAUGCCCGUAUGCUUGCAUUCGAUGGAAUUCCAAAACACGAAGUUGGAGAGCUGUACACAAAUCCACGUGAUACUGGACACUUCCUUCACGUAAUGCGUAAAGAGGUUCUCAAGUCACCAUAUGGCUAUGGAUAUAUUGCCAAGAAUGGUGAUCAUCAAGCAGGACUCAAUGCAUGGCACACUGGACACCAUCUUCCAGAACCAUGGUAUGAAUACUACUUCCGAGAGGCAUACUAUGAUGAUUUGACAUCUCACGAGACAUCGCUGGAUUUGGAUUCGGAUUCAUACGAUCCGGAUUAUGUGCACCAUCAUCACUAAAUCCAUCUCUUAUUCUCAUCGCUCCAAGCUGUUUUUUUUCAGUAGAUUUCGUAGAUUUUUGUCGUCGUCGUCUUCGAUUUUCUGUUUUCGAUUUGAUUCUUCAAUCACAAAUCGGUUCGCCUUUUAUUAUGUGUUAAUUCUUUUUUGUAUUCAUAUUUUUAUUUUAUAGUAAGUAGAGGAAGAAUCGAUCCGAGAGAAAAUUUAAUGCGAAAAUAAAGGGUUUUUAUAUUUUUAUUGUUUACUUGUAUUUUUGUUCUUGGUUUUCUGAACUUUCCUUAUUUACUUUUCACCUUUUUGAAUGAUAAAUUACUAGAAAUUUGGAA